UCCGGGUUCCGGGGCCGGACGGACGGAGCCGCCAUGUCGCCGCUGUCCGCCUGUGCGCGGGUUUACGCGCUGGGGCUGCGGGCGCUGCUCGUACAGACACUGGGCCGCCGCUACACACCCGCAGUUUUACCACCACAAAAUGGGAAAGUUGUCAUCGUGACAGGAGGUGCCAAAGGGAUUGGGUACGAGACGGCAAAGCACCUAGCAGGACUGGGAAUGCACGUGAUCAUAGCUGGCAAUUGUGAAGAAUCGGGGCAGCAGUCUGUGAGGAGAAUUAUCCAAGAAACUGGGAAUAACAAAGUGGAGUUUAUGCACCUAGAACUGGCCUCGAUGCAGUCUGUACGGCAAUUUGUGGAGCGCUUCAAAGCAAAGAACCUUUUGCUUCACGUCUUGGUGAAUAAUGCGGCAGUGAUGCUGGUUCCCCAGAGGUACACAGAGGACGGGUUUGAAGAGCACUUUGCCGUCAACUAUUUAGGACACUUCCUGCUGACCCAUCUUCUCCUGGACCCACUGAGGAGGUCAGGGAACAGCGAUCACAAUAGUCGCGUCGUCAUUCUCUCCUCAGCCACGCAUUACAUCGGAGAGAUCAACCUGGCCGACUUGCAAAGCAGGCGCGGUUACUCGUCCCACGGGGCCUAUGCCCAGAGCAAGCUUGCCCUGGUCCUCUUCUCCUACCAACUGCAGCAACGCCUAGCGGCCGACGGGAGCUACGUGACUUCCAACGUGGUGGACCCGGGGGUGGUCAGUACUGACCUCUACAAGCACACCACCUGGCUCUUCAAACUGUGCAAGUGGCUGACUUCCUGGUUGCUCUUCAAGACUCCGAGCCAGGGUGCCUCCACCGUGAUAUACGCCGCGCUCUCGCCCGACCUGGAAGGUUCCGGCGGUUUCUAUCUCAACAAUGGCCAGAAGGAAAAAUCGGCAAACGUUUCCUACGACGAAGACCUCCAGACUGAACUGUGGGCCCGGACCUGCAAACUGCUCGGGAUUCCAGUGAGGCCUGUCAACGCAUCUUGAAGAACAAAAGGCCUCUCCAUCCUCAAGGCCCUGUGGACUCGUCUUUCCUUCUUGAAAGGCAGGCAGCAAGAAUAACUAAUUCGUGAAGAAUAAUUAGGAUAAUGGAUAGGACGGGUUUGGAGGGAUAUGAGGCCAAAAGCGGGCGGGUGGGACUAGUGUAGAUGGGACAUGUUGGCCAGUGUGGGCAAGUUGGGCCGAAGGGCCUGUUUCCAUGCUGUAUCAUUCUAUCUGACGCCAUAAUCAAUCACAGGAAAAUUCGAGCUUAAAAUUAACAGAAAAUCAUAAAUAACCAAUUAAAUUCCUCAGUUUGCGCUCAUUAGUAGAACAACCCCCCCCCCCCCCCCCCCAAAAAAAAACCAUCCUAUAAUCGUUUAGAUCUAUCAAAUGCAAUUAAUUAGUUAAGGUAAAUAAUGAAUGGUCACACCAAAUAUAGACAAUAAACAAUAGGUGCAGGAGUAGGCCAUUUGGCCCUUCGAGCCAGCACCGCCAUUCAAUGUGACCAUGGCUGAUCAUCCCCAAUCAGUACCCCGUUCCUGCCUUCUCCCCAUAUCCCCUGACUCUGCUAUUUUUAAGAGCCCUAUCUAGCUCUCUCUUGAAAGCAUCCAGAGAACCUGCCUCCACCGCCCUCUGAGGCAGUGAAUUCCACAGACGCACCGCUCUCUGUGAGAAAAAGUGUUUCCUCGACUCCGUUCUAAAUG